UGGUGGCGAGCUGUUCGAGGACAUCGUUGCCAGGGAGUACUACAGUGAAGCUGAUGCCAGUCACUGCAUUCAGCAGAUCCUAGAGGCUGUGCUGCACUGCCACCAGAUGGGUGUGGUCCACCGCGACCUCAAGCCAGAGAAUCUGCUUCUAGCCAGCAAGCUGAAGGGCGCUGCAGUCAAGCUGGCAGACUUCGGCCUGGCCAUCGAGGUUCAAGGAGAUCAGCAGGCGUGGUUCGGUUUCGCUGGGACACCAGGAUACCUGUCUCCAGAGGUGCUGAGGAAAGAUCCCUAUGGCAAGCCAGUGGACAUGUGGGCCUGCGGAGUGAUCCUCUACAUCUUACUCGUGGGCUAUCCUCCCUUCUGGGACGAGGACCAGCACAGGCUGUACCAGCAGAUCAAAGCUGGGGCGUAUGAUUUUCCCUCCCCAGAGUGGGACACGGUGACCCCCGAGGCCAAAGACCUGAUCAAUAAGAUGCUGACCAUUAACCCAGCCAAGAGAGUGACGGCCACCGACGCACUCAAACACCCCUGGAUCUGCCAACGCUCCACUGUAGCAUCCAUGAUGCACAGACAGGAGACUGUGGAGUGCCUCAAGAAAUUCAACGCCAGGAGGAAACUCAAGGGUGCCAUCCUGACAACGAUGCUCGCCACUCGAAACUUCUCAGCCAAGAGCCUGCUGAAUAAAAAACCGGAUGGUGUCAAAGAGUCCAGCGAGAGCGCCAACACGACCAUCGAGGAUGAGGACGUGAGAGCUCGAAAGCAGGAGAUCAUCAAGGCCACUGAGCAGCUGAUUGAGGCCAUUAACAAUGGAGACUUUGAAGCCUACACGAAGAUAUGUGAUCCUGGUCUCACAUCCUUUGAACCUGAAGCCUUGGGUAACCUGGUGGAGGGCACAGACUUCCACCGCUUCUACUUUGAGAACGCUCUGUCUAAGGGGAAGCAGCCCAUCCACACCAUCCUGCUCAACCCUCACGUCCACCUCAUUGGCGAUGACGCCGCCUGCAUUGCCUACAUUCGCCUCACCCAGUACAUCGAUAGCAGCGGCAUGCCUCGCACCAUGCAGUCAGAGGAGACUCGCAUCUGGCACCGCCGUGACAGCAAGUGGCAGAAUAUCCACUUCCACCGCUCCGGCUCUCCCACCGUUCCCACCAAAAUAAAACAGCAGGCUGCUCCUCCGUCACAUGGACAUCUGACCACAGUCUGGACAAAGUAUUCGAGAACAGCGUUAAACAUUCAAACGAGACAAAGUUUCCCUUUAACAGCUUGACACGUAUUCCACGUCUAACGAGCCGUAAUGCCCAGUAACUAGAUCAGAGCAGUGGGUGAAGCUGACUGUGUGGGUUUGUGUCUGACUGUGC